CCGUAUGGAAGUCCUCAAACAUGCCGAUAAGAUCAAGUUCCCAGUUGAAAAGUUUGGCCCAUGCGGCGCGAACGUCUAUCUCUGGGCACUGGUAUAUCUGCAUCGUCUGAUAACAAUGAAAGCUCUUCCGAUCCCCCACUCCCAACUAUGUUGCUGGCUCUGGCAAUUUGGGUCUCAUUUGCUUGAGUGUUACCAAAAGGGUCCGGGCGUAAAGAUCGCCAAGUUUCAGUAUGAUUCAUCGAGGCUCAAAGAAUACGAAAAGCAUUUAAAGGGCUCAUUUGACUUUCAGCGACUUACAUGGUGGGUUAUGAAUCCACAUUGGGCAAAGACAGAUGCCAAUGGCGUAAUUGUCGUGAACUCCAUUCAGCCACUUGAUUACGCAAAGAUGUUCGAUGCAGCAAUUCAGUCUCAACUUGACUUUUUGGAAGAGAUCAACAAGAACUCUGAGAAAGCUAUAGCUCUCUGGGCUGAGUACAAGCAGAAAAUGGAGCGUGCGUGCAAGCCUCCAUUCUCAGCGACCUGAGAAUGCUUUGGGAGCGUAGGAACAUGGUUUAAGGGAAUUGGCGGUUCAAUGUAAUACGGACAGCUUACACGCUGGUGUGAUUCAGGUAAAAUAAGGUUCAUCAAAGCAGCAAGUAUUACUUGGCCUGCCAUUUUGUAGCAUGAAUAGACAUGAUUAUUUCAUUCUUAAUCACACCGUGUUUGAUUUUGAUUAUGAACAAGCCUCCUCCAUCUCCGUUGAAUACAAGAUCAGUUAAUGUUUGGGAAGCGCAGGUCUUUUUUUUCUGAAAAUACCUAGUAGAUACAUCUUGUGCAUAAAAUAUAUCACUUGAGUUGACUUGAAAGAUAAGUAUCAUGGAGAUUUGAGUGUGAAGCAAAACUGCCGUGCAAGAGAAGACUGCCCCCAU